AUGAAGUUCCAAGCUCUCGUCGUCGCUGCCGUAGCCGUAUCUGUCUCUGCCCGUCAGGCGGCAGCCAUUAUUGGAGAUCCCAUCGCGGACUUUAAGGCCGAUGCUAUCUCUACUGGUUGCUAUGAAGACGGAGCUAACACCGUGGAGUGCAUCGAAAAGCUGGCCAUCGAUGAUAUUAACGAUAUCUACGGAGACUUGAAGCCUUUGCUAAUGCUUACCCUGCCGCUUCCUACUGUUACUGCAGCUGUGGAGGAUUGCUAUGGUGAGGCAGAUUGCGCCGCAACAGCCGCGUGCAACGCGGGAUACAACAGUGAAGGCCUAGCUUUGGAACUACAGACUAACUUGGUUGAUCCCGUUGCCGCAUGCUGUGGAACAGAUGAUGUACAGACCUGCACAGAAGCUGCCAUCGAUGCUGGAAUUGCUCCUGCGCAAGAGGCGAUUGCCGGAGCUGGACGAUAAAUAUGUAUCAUUUACAUCCUGACUGGCAUAAAAUACAAAUAAAAAAAUCAGUA